UCUCAUUCGACAUCUCUAAUUCCCCUGAACCAAACACGCUGCCCUCAGCCAGCGUCGCGUUUCCAUGGGUGACAAAUUACCGAGCUAUCCCCGAGAUCGCGGCACGGGGCGAAGCUCCUUCUCAACCGAGCAUGGAUCGGCGCGACGGGGCGGGCAAUCGGGGCCGGAGCUACGCGCGCGGCAACGCCCGAGGCCGAGGAUGGCCGGGCCGGUGUGAAGACCGCGGCCGCCCCUCCACACAACCUCCUCCCUCCACCGCCCCCGCCGCCGCGGUCAUCCCCAGCGACGCCCAGCCGAUCGUGGGCACCUGUCCCGACAUGUGCCCGGCUACAGAGAGAGCGCAGAGGGAGCGGCUCCGAGAUCUGGCCGUGUUUGAGCGUGUGAGCAGCGACCCCAUGCGCACGUCCCAUUCCCUCGCCGUCAAGAAGAACUAUCUCCUCUACCGGCACACAGGCAUCAGAUAUACGCCCUCUUCCAGUCUUACGAGAAACGAUGGAUUAUCUUUUGCAUUUACUAAAUUCUUCAGAGUACCCAUUUGAGAUUGUUCAUGAUUUCAUAUUUGAUAGAACAAGGUCUGUGA